UGUAGACCGUUUUGGCACGAUUUUCACUGAGGCUCCGUGCGCGUUAUCUCUGCUGUCUGUGAGUGGAACAUCUCAUUUACACAGAAAGGCUCUUCACACACGGAGGAGACGUAUAUUACCAUAGAAUAGAGUCAGGCUGACAGAUGAUGUGGUGAAUUAAACCUGGGACAGCUCCUCUGUUCUCCCAUUGAGAUAAACUGAAACACACGCUUCAUCUGGACAAAUAGUUUGUUUUGGACACAUCUAACAGGAGACAGUUUGACUGCGGUCUAUCAGCUCUCCGCCAGCUCUCCGCCAGCUCUACAUCAACUCUCCAUGAGGAUGAACAAGUGCUAGUUCUCCGUCCAGCGUUUCCAUGCAACAGCGCAGUCGGCUGUGAAGCCACGGAGCUCACGGAGGAAUAGAUGCUGUUGCAGAGAGCGGCAGAGCAGUAGAUCUGGUUUGGGGUCUCUGUAGGAACCCAGAGCGGCUUAUUAAACCCGAUGGAGCGACAGGAUGAUGGAGAGGAGCCGCUCGGGGGCUUAAACCACCAUGAUAGAGCACAGGAGCCCGGUUCUCCUCCCCUGGCUCGUGAGCACUCAGGCAGUCUGCAGCAGGACGAGCCCGCCAUGAUGAGGAGGAGCGACAACUACCUGCCGGUCCCUGGCGAGGAGAAGAACCUGGAUGUGGACAGGAGCAGCGAGUCCAUACCAAUGAAGAACCUCUAUGCAGACGACGUCUCGCCGCUGUAUCCACGAGUAGGCCCAUACUUCUGUGAUGGGCGCCGGCGGGUGGACUACGUGCUGGCCUACCACAUCCAGAAGCCCACCAGUGUCCGGCGCCGCUCAUCCAGGUUCGCCGACAACAACUUCAUCCGACGGCUUCGCCGCAGCAUGAGCAUGAGGAGCAGCCGAGCGCCGCUGCAACCAAAGGAAGACCCGGAGAUCGCCGCCCAGGAGCAGCGGACGGACUACCACGAGGAUGACAAGCGCUUUCGGCGGGAAGAGUUUGAGGAAAACCUCCUGGAGACGGGGCUGGAGCUGGAAAAGGAUGAAGGGAAUAAGAUCCCUGGAAUCGGCUUCUUGAAGAUCCAUGCUCCCUGGAACGUCCUGUGUCGAGAGGCUGAGUUCAUGAAGCUCAAAAUGCCAACAAAGAAGGUGUAUGAUGUGAAACAAGGCAGCAAUGUCGUGGAGAAGAUCCGACUGUUCAUUCACAAAGUCACAGCUCCGCUCCAUCCAAAGGUGGAUGCCAACAGAUCAGACAGCGUCAAAUCCCUCUCUCAUCCUUUCUCCAGGGAGAAGCAGCAUCUAUUCGAUCUGUCUGACAGAGACAAAUUCUUUGACAGCAAGACCAGGAGCUCAAUAGUCUAUGAGGUACUGAAGAGGACAAGAUGCACCAGAGCCAAAUACUCCAUGGGGAUCACAAGUCUGCUUGCCAAUGGUGUCUACACGUGUGCUUAUCCUCUGCAUGACGGAGACAUCAAGGAGGGAAAUGCAGAACCUAAUGACAGAAAGCUGCUGUACGAGGAGUGGGCAAGCUACAGUGUCUUCUACAAGUACCAGCCGAUCGGACUCAUCAGGAAGUACUUUGGGGAGAAGGUUGGCCUGUACUUCGCCUGGUUAGGAGUCUACACACAGAUGCUGAUCCCUGCAGCCAUCGUUGGAGUCAUAGUGUUCCUCUACGGCUGUGCCACUGUCGACGACAACAUACCAAGUAUGGAGAUCUGUGAUCCCAGGAACAACAUCACCAUGUGUCCGCUGUGUGACCGCGCCUGCAGCUACUGGAAGCUGGUGACUGCGUGUGGUACAGCCAGAGCCAGCCACCUGUUCGACAACCCAGCUACCGUCUUCUUCUCCAUCUUCAUGGCCCUGUGGGCUGUCCUCUUCAUGGAGCACUGGAAGAGACGACAGAUGCGACUCAACUACAUUUGGGACCUGACCGGCUUCGGAGAGGAAGAGGAGGACCACAACCGAGCAGAGUACGAGUUCCGGGUCAUGCAAAAGACCAUGAGACUGGAACAUUCAACCCCCAAGGGUGAGAAGGUGAAGCUGACGUGUACAGACAGACUGCCAGCUUACCUGACGACUGUGAUGAUGAUGUUCUUCCUGAUCAUUGUGACCUUUGCCAUAGUCUUUGGGGUCAUCCUGUACCGGAUCAGCAUUAAGGCAGCCCUGCACAUUAGCACCUACCCUGCAGCACGAUCCAACAUCAGAGCCACAGUGAAGACCACCGCCGCCAUCAUCAACCUUGUCAUCAUCAUCAUCUUAGAUGAGAUCUAUGGUGCCAUCGCCCGCUGGCUGACGACACUGGAGGUUCCAAAGACGGACAAGAGCUUUGAGGAGCGUCUCAUCUUCAAAACCUUCAUCUUGAAGUUUGUCAAUGCCUUCACACCCAUUGUCUACCUGGCCUUCUUCAGGGGCAGGCUUGUUGGGCGUCCUGGAAACUACUUGUAUGUUGUUGGAUCAUACAGAAUGGAAGAGUGUGCCCACGCAGGCUGCCUCAUGGAGCUGUGCAUCCAGCUGUGCAUCACCAUGCUGGGCAAGCAGCUCAUCCAGAACAACCUGUUUGAGAUCGGCGUACCGAAGCUGAAAAAGCUGCUGAGGAAGAGGAAGUCAGAGCUGGACUCAAAGGAAGAGGAGGAGCUGAACAAAACCCUGCAGCGCCACGAGAAAGACCACCUGCUGGGUCCUUUUGUUGGCCUCAGUCCUGAGUACAUGGAGAUGAUCAUUCAGUUUGGGAUGGUGACUCUGUUCGUGGCCUCCUUCCCUCUGGCUCCGCUCUUUGCUCUUCUGAACAACAUUAUCGAGAUUCGCCUGGAUGCCAAGAAGUUUGUCAUGGAGCUACGAAGGCCAAUCGCAGUCAAAGCCAAAGACAUUGGUAUCUGGUACAACCUCCUGAGAGGCCUCAGCAAGGUAGCAGUCAUUGUUAAUGCCUUCGUCAUCUCCUUCACCUCUGACUUCAUCCCUCGGCUGGUCUACCAGUACAUGUACAGCCCUGAUGGCACCAUGCACGGCUUCGUCAACCACACUCUGUCUUACUUCAAUGUUACUGACUUCCAGCCAGGCACUGACCCCCUGCAGCCAAUGCACCUGGGCUACAAAGUGGAAAUCUGCAGAUAUAAGGACUACAGAGAGCCCCCUUGGUCCAGCUGUCCAUAUGAACUCUCUAAAGAGUUCUGGGCCAUCCUGGCAGCCCGCCUCGCCUUUGUCAUUGUCUUUCAGAACGUGGUGAUGCUCAUGAGUGACUUUGUGGACUGGCUGAUCCCAGACAUCCCCAAGGACAUCAGCCUACAGAUGCACAAAGAGAAGAUCCUCAUGGUGGAGCUCUUCAUGAAGGAGGAGCAGGGCAAAAGACUCGCAGCGCGGGACAACCACAACGGGGACAACUGCACCGCCCCCUCAUCAGCCAAUCAGAGCCCGCCGCAACCCCGCUCACGGCCCGUCUCGCAUUCUAACUGCUGUUAAACCAGUAGGUGCCAGGGUCUGAGAAAAAAAGUACAAACAACAAGCAAACACCAGGACCUGUACACAGACUGUAAAUAAGUGAAUCAGCUGCUUAUAGCUGGCUGCUAAAGGUUAACACAGUACAUCCAUUAACACGUCAUCAGUUUGUCAUAUGAGCAAAGCGUUUGCUGCCGUCACGAUGUUCAGGAAUAUUUUCAGACGGGUAAAACCUGAACUGAAUUCCCACAGAUUGCCUCUUUUUAAAAUGUGUUUGUUACAUUUCACUGCGAAUCAGACAUGACAGUGUCAGCCACCAACCAAACAUCCACACAGUACUCACAGAAACAUGAUUAUUGGAUGUAAUCAAAAGGAACAAGCCAUUAGCUUCACUAGGGGAAUGUCCCUGUUGAUGAGAACCUUCAGGAUGUCAGUGAACACAGUGCCAAACUUGCAGCCUGAGUUCAUAUGUGCCACUUCUCCCACGGAACUUGAAUGCAGCUUCUGCCUCCGUCAGUCCGUCCAGAUGGUGCUGCUGAGGAGAGUGUCCCCCCUCCUGCCGUCAACACGUAAAGCUCACACUGGCCUUUUUUGAAAUCUGAACAAAUGCAGGAAUUUACUGAUGUAUUUAGUUGAACGUGGUCAGACACACGGGCUCUGGUUGUUGUGGAGGCCUGCCUGUUGAUUUGUAGUGUUCUCUUUGUGUUGCGUACGAACAAACAGACGAACAAUGCUCAGCGGCUUCAUGCCUGGAACUGGAAAUUCACAGUAUAAAUACACAGUGAUGUUAUGAUGUCAUGCUCCCUCUCACCUGGCUGAGAUGCUGUAGUUACUACUCACCUGAUGUGCUGUUCUGACACUGGGUAUGGAGAGACAGCUCUUCUACACAGUCAGAAAUGAAAUAAUAAUAGUGUUUCUUAAAGCUGCAUUAACAGUUUUUAUUUCAUCAGCAGAAGAAGCACAAAACAUGUUAGAGAAUAGUCAACAAGUUUUUAAAUGAUCAUCAACCUGCCUCCAAACUACUGACUGGUUGAUGUAUAAAUGUCAUAUCAACCUAAAAGGUGACAAUGUGUCCAGUGUCAUAAAAUCCACUCACACCUUUUUGUGUUGUUAAGACGCUCAGUUUUAAUCAUCAGACGGUUUUGAAGAGUUCAAUCCUCUCCCCACACAGCAGUUAGCACUAGCUGCUCAGUGCUCAGUUAGCACCUGUAGAUGACAGAUAUUUAUGGCACAGGUAUGCUGACAGGUGAACUGAAUGUGCUCGUCAUACCUGCAUAUCAAUGUGAAAUUUACAUUUAAAGGGACUUUGUGUUUAGUUUUCUCUGAAUUUCUCAACAUCUCUGCACUCCAGCACCAUGUUGCUCCAGGUGUCUCUCCUACCCUGCCUUAUCCUGUCCUACCUGCUUCUGGGAUUCAAACACUUGACCUCUGACCUGCUCUAAACCAUCAGUGGCUCAUGUAUCAGCUUUCAUACAAAGGGACCGAGUAUCAGUGAAACCAAGAGGGCAGCUCUGUUUCAUUAUUAUCAUGUUGCCUUGGCAUUUUGCUGAGGCUGCAGCUCCCAAACUGUUCAAGCACAAAGAGUGAAUAUUAUAUAUGUAUUUUUUUGGUAUUUACCAAACUGCAAAAACACAUGUGGGAGCGACUGGAUAGAACUUUGAAGAGCGUAAAUGUACUGUUGAUUGAGACGUGCAGUCACACAUCCAGUCUGGUCUUCAGUCGAAUACUGUUGAAUACUGCCCCCUGCUGUAUAUAUUUUGAACUAUCCCAAAUUGAGGCCCACAGCCCAGACUGACAGAAUGUACUGUAUUAUUGAAUGUCAGUCAUGAAUAAUCACAUUUAGGUCAAACUGUUGUUUAUCUAUUUUAUUGUUUGUUUGUGUUUUAGUUUUAUGACAAUGUAUUUUUAGUGCAUCUAAUGUGUUGAAAGGGGACCAUCAAUCUACCAACUAGAGACUUUAUCUCAUGUCUUAAAGCAUCAGUGUGGACCUAUUCCACUGUACCUGGAAGGGCACCUGGGGAACAGCUUCCAGACAGACGUUACCUCUCUCUGGGGGGUGACUUGCUUGUUUGAGCAAAAACUGCACAUUGAAUUUUUUUUAGCAAAUCUUAAUACUGUUAAUACUGUGUCUGUACGUAGGGUUAGUGUUGAUAUUUAGUGAUAGGUCAUGACUCAGCAUCUCUUGUAAACUGAGGUCACAUGUGAAGACCCCUCCCCUCUCCAUGUCCUCCUGCCGUCUGUUGCCAUGUUGUAUUUACAGCAUCAAUAUAUCAUUACAAAGUGUGACAUGCUAAUAUCUAUUAUAAUGUGUGUCAGUGCACAUUUCACUACAUGCAUGAGUGUAUAUGUACGUAUAACAGACCUGCCUGUCUCUGAUACUUUGAGUGUUUUUUCUUUAAAUAAAUGAGUGACAAGCUCCUGGUCUGUAAGCCUUCAUUAAAACUCCUGCAUUUCA